AUGGCCAUUUUUCAUCUCCUGUUACUCGUUGCUUUUCCAAUGAUUGCUUUUGCUUCAUAAUCCAAAAUCGAAGGCAAGGUUCUUUAAUAAUUACAAAGAGAGUUUGUAUAAGAUGAUCCCAUUCUCAAAGUAACACUCAAUUAUGGACAAUAUGAAACACACACCUAAAAGAAUGGAAUCUUUGCAUUCUACAAUAUUCCAAAUGGAAGAUACUUCCUAGAAGUACAUUCAAGAUAUUUUGUUUAUGAAUCCGCAUUUAUUGAUGUUUAUACCAGCAAUAAAGGUACAAAUGUUGCAGUUUCAAAAAUUCACCCAAUCUUAAGAUAAAAACCUAAAUCAUAAUAAUAAACCAAGUAACAAAGAAUACAAACAAGAGAUUAAAUGUUAUUUGAGAUCAUUCAAAGGAAAGAUUACUUUGAAAAAGAAGAUGAAUUGAGUUUGUCAUAGAUCUACCAAAAUUAAUAUUUCUUCAUGAUUGCAAUUACUGUGGCUAUGUUGUUUUUUGUUAAGAAAAUGCCAAUGGAAGAAUUACAAUCAGCUGAAAGGGCUCCAUAAUAAUAGUAAUGAUUAAUGUUGUAUAUAUAAUACGAUAGAUAGAUAAAUAAUAUAUAUAU